UGAUAUCGGUGAAGUUACGUCGCAGUUCGCCGCUCCUUCGACGCUAAACGAGAUAACGGUAUGCGGUUUACCGCGAUCCCACCUCUGGCUGUCCAUUGGUCUUUAGGAACGUCAAUCUCAAAACCCUGCGUUGUGAUUGGUUCAGACGCAUCUCCUUGCGAAGCCCCUUUAAAAUACAGUAGGACAAACUUUUGGAGCGGAGUUCGAUCAAGUGGUCGGACGUAAAGAAACUGGGGACAACAACGCGCCACGAGGUUGGGCACACUCCUUGUUAUCGUGUAUGAGCUUCUGCAGAGUCGAAGAACUGCGAGACCAUGGAACUCGAGGAAAGAGCGAAGUAUGCUCGGCUUCUUCACUCUCGGUGAUCCGGAUCAACGCGCCGCUGGAGAGAGUGGAGCCGACCAGGAGGAAGGGCUUUUGGAGAUCAUAAGAGCCAGGGAAGAUGCCCGAGGAGAACGGAGAGUUUUAUGGAAAACAUGGCGAGCCCAGAAAGUAUGACGCCAACUUCAGGGGUCCGAUCGCCAACAGGAGCUGCACAGACAUCGUGUGCUGCAUCCUCUUCGUCCUCGCGGUCCUCGGCUACAUCGCCGUCGGCAUCCUUGCUUGGACCCAGGGGGACCCCCGGAAGGUCAUCUAUCCCACUGACAGUGAAGGGCAGUUCUGUGGGCAAGCCGGAACCCCACUGGAGAAGAAGCCGGUGCUGUUCUAUUUCAACAUCAUGAAGUGUGCCAGCCCCAUGGUGCUGCUGGAGUUCCAGUGUCCCACCACGCAGAUGUGUGUGGAGAAGUGUCCCGACCGGUUCCUGACCUUAAUCAACGCUUUCAAGAGCACAGAGGACUUCAGCUACUACAAGAAGUUCUGCAAAAGUGGCGUGCCUGACUCGAUGAAAGUAACGCAGAUCUUGGCGUUGGGCCUCUGUCCUGCCAUGUUGAUGCCCAGCAAGUCCUUUACACGUCGGUGCUUCCCGGCGCUGGGCCAGCGUGACGGCGUGAUCACGGUGGGCAACAACACGCACUUCGACGAUGGAUCGGGGAAGAAGCGAGAUGCUAAAGAUCUGUUGGACGGUGUGAAGAACGCCACUGUGGCCAUCGAGGCUCGACAGGUGGUGAUGAAGAUCUUCGAGGAUUACACGCAGUCCUGGUACUGGAUCCUGCUAGGCCUGGUGAUCGCGAUGCUGACCAGCCUGCUCUUCAUCGUCCUCAUGCGCUUCCUGGCUGGGGUCAUGGUCUGGGUCAUGAUCGCCCUGGUCAUACUGGUCAUCGGAUACGGUAUCUUCCACUGCUACAUGGAGUACGCUGCCUUGGAGGGCCGCCCCGGGGCCGACGUUACCCUGCAGGACCUGGGCUUCCAGACCGACUUCACGGUCUACCUGCAGAUCAGACAGACCUGGCUGGCCUUCAUGAUCAUCCUGGCGAUCGUGGAGGUCAUCAUUAUCCUCAUCCUCAUUUUCCUCAGGAAGAGGAUCCUCAUAGCCAUCGCGCUCAUCAAAGAAGGCAGCAAAGCCAUCGGGGCGAUGAUGUGCUCGCUCUUCUACCCGCUCUUCACCUUCCUGCUGCUGGCCAUGGUCAUCGCCUACUGGGCUGUCACGGCUGUAUUCCUGUCCACCUCCAAUGAACCUGUGUACAAAGUUUUCAACGAGUCCAAGUGUGAAUACUCCCGAAUGACGUGCGACCCGGCGAACUACAGCAAGACCGCCAUGAAGGCGCAGUGUCCCGACUCCGAGUGCCUCUUCGCCUUCUACGGCGGAGAAACCGUCUACCACAAGUACCUGAUCGGCCUGCAGUUCUACAACGUCUUCCUCUUCUUCUGGUGCGCCAACUUUGUCACGGCUCUGGGGCAGAUGACCCUGGCUGGAGCUUUCGCCUCCUACUACUGGGCCUUCAACAAGUCCGAGGACCUGCCGUCCUGCCCCGUCUUCUCUUCUCUGGGCCGAUGCCUCAGGUACCAUGUGGGAACCCUGGCGUUCGGCUCUCUGCUCCUGUCCAUCAUCCAGAUCAUCAGGGUGCUGCUGGAGUAUUUGGACCACAAGCUGAAAGGCGCUCACAACAAGUGCACCAAGUUCCUGCUGUGCUGCCUGAAGUGCUGCUUCUGGUGUCUGGAGAAAUUCAUCAAGUUCCUGAACCGGAACGCUUACAUCAUGACCGCGAUCUAUGGGAAGAACUUCUGCACCUCAGCCAGAGAUGCCUUCUUCCUCCUCAUGAGGAACAUCAUCAGAGUGGCUGUUCUGGACAAGGUGACUGACUUCCUGCUCUUUCUGGGGAAGCUGCUCGUCGUCGGCCUCGUGGGUGUCUUUGCCUUCUUCUUCUUCUCCGGCAGAGUGAAGGCGUUUGAGGACACGGCUCCGCACCUGAACUACUACUGGGUCCCCAUCCUGACGGUGGUGAUCGGCUCUUACCUCAUCGCGCACGGAUUCUUCAGCGUGUACGCCAUGGCGGUCGACACGCUCUUCCUGUGCUUCUUGGAGGACGUGGAGAGGAACGACGGCAGCCCGGAGAGGCCGUACCUGAUGCCCGAGAGCCUCCGCAAGCUCCUCAACAAGAAGAACAAAGCCCGCUACGCCGAGUAAAUCUGGUCCGUCGCCGUGAGGCUGUUGAAACUCGAACCUAAUACAACAUAUCCAGGCCCAACUCUCCCAGGGAGCCGUCUGCUCCUCGAGGAUUUUACCAUGCCCUUCGAGCUUUUGUAUCUCUUUUUAUUUAUCUCGAAGUCAGUUCAGUUCAAAUAUCACGUUGUGAAUAUGGUAGUAUUAUUCAGAAGUAUAAUAUAAAAGCAGUAAUAUUCAAGCCUGACGUUACCAAAGCCAUGCACCUGUAGCGCCGGCAUCCACGACAGAUGGAUGCCCUGUGGUGACAUGGAUUUAAAGCCAAACUGUUAGAUGUACAUUUUUAUGUGUUUUUUUUUCUGCCUGUUGUUUUUUAUUAAACUUAAUUUUCUAUAUCUGAGUGUCAGUCUUUCAAAAGAAAUAUGUGGAAGUACAGAUUGUGUGUUUUUGACGGAAGGACAG